AUGCUUUUUGGGUCGAUGCAGAUACAAGACAGUGUCUCGAGGGCUGAUACAGAGACAGCAACAACACGGGGUUGGAUCGCAUCAGCAGAAAGCGAAUCUGUUAAUUCUCAAUCCCCACACCCUCUGGACUUCUAUUCUACAGCUGCUUCCGUCUCUGCUGGGCAGCAUGAGACUGCUUUGUGGGCUGCAGGGGGCUCCAGCGUAACAAAGUUAGAGGGCUCCCAAAAGGAGCCUACAGAGGGGCCCCCCGGGGCCCCCCCGGGGCCCUCAGGGGCCCGAGGCAUUCUGAGUAGGCCCAAUGCACUGCCCAGUGGGGCGCUUCGGGGGCCCCACACUCAAAGCAAGGGCCCCUCCCGCCGGAGAGCAGUGCUGACUUUGUCUAUCUUGCUUGCAAUAAUGACUGUUCUUUUGAAUGAUUUGAGGAGCCACAGCGACCUGCUGCUGCUGCAGCAGCACCGGCAGCACCAGCAGCAACGGCGGCGACAGCAGGCAGCCACCAUCUUACCCCUGGAAAAUCCAGGAGCUCCCCCAAAUCCUGAGGGACACCACAGCGUUCAAGAUUGUACAGAGACACCAGCAAAAGGAGACAAAGACGGAGACGAGGAGCACAAGGAGACAGAUGUGAAGACUGCUUCCGACCCGUUCUUCGCGGAGUCGCCUGAUGUUGUAGAGACAUCCGCGCGGUUCGUUCAGUUUGUACUCGACAGUUCAAGAGCUGCUGUGGUGAAGGCAACAGGAGAACAGAAGGGCAGCUCUGAAGAGACAAUUGAUUUGAGGAGACACCGGGACCGGACGGCGGAGGAGGGCUUAGCGCUGCUGGUGCAGCAGCAGCAGCAGCAGCAUGAGGAGGAGCAGCAGCAGGUGUACACACUCGAGCAGCACCGCAAGAUUGAGGCAGCCAUCUCCAUUUUGUCGUCCCACAGCAAACAGCAAACAGAAGAAGGAGACCAUAGUUUCUGGGUGACGGGUCUUCACUGCCCUGCAGCAGCAGCAGCAGGAACAGCAGCAGCGGCAGCAGCAGCAGACAUAGCAGCAGCAGCAGCUGAAUUCAAGUGGCAAAGGGUUCUCGGGGUCUCCAACAUCUCCGUCACCUUCGAAGUGGUGCCUGUGGGGCACCAGCUUAAGGAGACAGUGGGAGAGGGGCCCCUAGGUAUGUCUCUGCUGCUGCAGCUGCAGCAAGAUGCAGCAGGCAGAGAUACCAGCACGGAAGAUAGCGAUGAAGAGGAGACACCAACAGAAUUCAGCUCCUUCUUUUCAGGCUACGGAGACAGUCUCCUUGACUCCCACCCCAACGAAUGGCCGCAAACAGACGCAGCAGCAAACGCAGCAGCAGAUGCUGCAGCAGAUGCUGCAGCAGAUGCUGCAGCAACGGAGGGACAGUUUUCACACAGUCCCCCAGGCGAGCUCCUGGAGCAGCAGCAGCAGCUGCAGCAGAACGUAGAAGCGUUUGUUGUUGCAGACUCAAAUAUCUGGCCAACAGGCAGCGGGAGACUGUUGGGAAGAGACAACGGGUAUGGGGAGACAGAGCGUAAAGAAGAGACAGAGACAAAAAGGGAGACCGGGAGAAAGGAGACAAACGAAGACAACUUGAAGGGUCCCGAGGGGACUUCGCAGGUGGCAGCAGCAGCAGCAGCACCAGCAGAAGCAGCAGCAGCAGAAGAGCUUGUGGGGGCUGAUGAGAAUAGAGAGACAGAGCAAGCAACCGGCAAGAGGGAAGCAGGAGAGGAGACAAAAGAAGUAGAGACAAAGGUCGAGGAGACCGAACAAAUGGAAAUAAAGACAGCGGCGACAAAACAAGUGGCACAUGAGACAGAGCCGCAAUCCCAGGAAGAUGGGCAUACCCAAAAGAUAAGGGGAGGGGCACUUGAGGAAAUAGCUGAGGAGACAGCUGAGGAGACAGAUGAUGAGGCCGAAGAUUUUUCUCUGGAGGAGAGGCCCCGUCGGGGGUCUCUAGAAGGGGGGUUGCUGGUUGCGCUGCAGCAGAAAGGGGAGACUGGUGAGGAGACAGCAGAGCGGACAGCAGUGUUGCUGCCUCUGUAUGGUGCUCGUUUAGGAUCUCCAUCAGAAGGAGACAUCGGGGGGACAGACACUGCGUUCUUUGAUAGGAGGGUUUGGUUCUCCCCUCUAAAAGCAGCAGACCUGAGGCAAAUGCUGCAGCGGCGCGAAGAGACAGGGCAGCCUUUCCCGCUGCCGCUGCAGCAGUACAUUUUCAAGCGCUCAAUCCUGUCUCUGGGGGCUCUUCAUCAGGCAGGAGUGUUGCACAACAACCUGCAGGUGGGGAGCAUAGCUGUCUCUUCUGCAGGCAUUCCUUACCUCGCCGAGUUCAGUGCCUCGGGGCCCCCAGGGCAGCAGAAUGAACCCCCUAAUAUCUUCGUUCUAGCCCCAGAGCAGAUCGUUGAGCUGCAGCAAGGAGACGCUGUAACCAACACCGAGGGGACAGACACCUGGCAGCUAGGCACCCUCAUUUAUACUGUCCUCACGGGCAAGAGACCGUAUACCCGAGAGCAGCAGACUCACUUUGCUAGAGCUCUGUUGCAAUCCUCUAAGAGCACCGGCUCGCCGCUCCUGGGGGGCCUCGGCGGGGGCCCCUCGCAAGCAGGAGCUGCUCCUGCUGCUGCAGGCACUGCUGCUUCACGGCCAGAGUCGGGGGGUUCCCCCCGGCGCAGCAAAGGAAAUAUAUCUCUUGCGGAUGCGUACACCUCUCCUUAUUUGGAGUUGCGAGGGAGAGGCGUUGGAGAGACCUGGGCUGUCCUCAUCAGCUGUCUCCUCCACCCAGACCCCAGUGUACGUCCCACCAUCAGGCAAACUAUUGCCGCUUUCCCUCAGCUUUUCAGCGCCUCGGCUGCUGCUAAGGGGCCCCCAAACAGGCCCUAA